GAGAGCGGAAAGAAUUGGAUGAGUUCUGUGGUUCUUCCAUUCCUGCGACGAACUCUCUUACGUAAGAACCCAAGUAAAUCUUACUUAAAUAGACCUAGUUCAGGUAAAAAAAAAAAAAAAAAUCCGAUCAUUCCGUAUCUUUGAACAGGAAGACUUGGCAAUUGGUCUAUGCCUUUCAUAUUUUAAAAAUGUAUACAUACAUACACGAGAUAGCUGAGGCGGCUGCAAGCAAACGAUACAAGGUGUGGGCUAGUACGUUGGAAUUCUAUUUUUUCAAGACGUUUGGAGAUCUACGUACAAAAGAGAUUUUUGAUAUCAUUGUAGAACAUCCGGUAACAUCGCCAGCUAUUUUGGAUCUCAAAACAUGUAUUAAUUGGACUGGCCAACGCGAGCAGCUUCAAAACGCUAUUCUGGUUGCAAUUGAUAAACGCUUACUACAUCCAGGAGCAAAAACAACAGAUAUUAUCGAGUUUUACAUCUGUGCAAUUAGAUACCUGCGUAUGAUUGACCCAUCAGGUAUUAUGCUAGGCCAUACGUCUAGAAAGAUCAAUCAGUACUUAAGGACAAGAGAUGAUACCAUGCGGGCCAUUGUAUCUUGCAUUGUCGAUGACUCUCUUGGUUUGCUGACAACCAAUGCACCUGACGGCCUUUCAGCCAACAACGUGGAGGCUGAUGAUGAGGAUUCCGAUGAUGAUACAUGGGUGCCAGAGCCGGUCAAUGCUGGCCCAGAUUUGAGCUCCGCACGACGAAGGAUGGCAGAUAUUAUCAGUGUCCUGGCCAAUAUUUAUGAUAACAACGAUCGAUUUAUCAAAGAGUUUCAGGUAUAUCUUGCUGAUAGAUUACUGCAGGCAGUAGACUUUAAUGUUGAUCGCGAGCUACGCCAAUUAGAAUUGCUGAAACUACGUUUCGGGGAGCAAGAUGUACAGCAUUGCGAAGUCAUGUUAGCAGAUAUUGCGGAGUCAAAACGCGUAAAUGUCAACAUCCAAUCGCGUAGCCAAGGUAUUCCUGUAAGCGCGACUAUUGCUUCAAGAUAUUACUGGCCGGAAAUCGAGGACGAGGCAAUUAAAAUGCCAGAUCCUUUCAGAGAAUUGCUCGAGUCAUAUAAGGCGGCCUUUGCGAUAACAAAGCCUGCACAGAAGCUGAGCUUAUUCCCGUCACUAGGUCUUGUCGAACUUGAAUUGGAGUUGCAGGAUCGAACCCUCGAAUUUAAGGUUUCGCCCAUUCAUGCUGCUAUCAUCCACGCCUUCGAAGAGCAAGAUACAUGGACUCUUGAUAGUAUUGCCAACAGACUACAGUCGGACGAGGACGUUCUCGAAUCCAAAAUACAAUUUUGGAUUCGUGAAGGUGUGUUACAAGAAACUGGACGAUUGCAAUAUGAACUUGUCGAAAAUUUGCCUUCUACAUCCCUUACAAACUCUUUUACACAAUAGUUAAUUAAAGAGAUCUACCCGAUAUGAAAAUACAUAAAAAUAAAAACCAAAAAA